AUGGUUGUUCGACCUCAAUGGUUACGACGUGUAGCUGAUUCUCCUGCAGGUUUUCGUGCUGAAUUAACUGACAAUUUAGAUUCAAAUAAUGUAUCACCUAUGCCUGUAAUUUUCUUCAUAAACAAACUUGCGGGUGGUCAAAAAGGUGAAGAAAUCUAUCGUAAGCUUGUUCGUCUAGUCAAUCCUCGUCAGGUUUUUUUACUUGAAAAUGAUACAACCAUCAUACAAGCUUUAAACAUCUAUUCGACUCUGGUCAAUAUUCAUAUAUGUAUUUGUGGAGGUGAUGGAACAGUUGCUUGGAUACUCAGUCAUCUUAUCGAUACCUUUCCAUCGUUCAAAAACCCGCCAGUUAGCAUUUGUCCGUUAGGUACAGGUAAUGAUUUAUCACGUGUAUUAGGUUGGGGUUAUGAAUGCGAUUCAAAACGAUUGCUAAGAACACUUACUCAGAUCCCUCAUGCACAACCCUUGGUGCUCGAUUGUUGGCAGAUCAAAUUCGAAACAUUGGAAAUGACACCUACAGAAUCCAAUCACGAACAUCUAGUUGCUCGUCUACGCCGUCGUUUUUUUUUCGAUGAUCCAAAAUUUGUUCGUAAUACAAAUCGAUUAAAUGAAAAUGUUUAUGAACCCGAAGCGUAUCCAUUAAUUAAUUCAUACUGGAAAUAUUUUAAUGAUAAUAAUAUUAUUUUUUUAGGAGAUCAGUUUAAUAAUCCUAUCGUUACAUGA